AGGCUCCGCCCACCAUCUUUCACAUUGCAGGAGUCUUCCUCCAUUCAGUUUGACAGUUCAACUCCUCUACAAACCAACUUGAUUAAUUCGUGUGGCCUCUGUGCACAUGCGCGAUAGGAGAUCGGGAGCUGACGAUUGGCUGGCGCUGGAAGGAGCGUAGGUUGUGUCCUCUGCGUGUGAAGGUGUGUGACAGCCGUGAGCUGCUAUUGGCGGUGUCACUGAGCGCUGCUGUACGGAAUCAUACUGCCCGCCCCCAGUCGCGGGUCAUGGACGUCACACGAGUUGGCGGGGAGGCACUGGUGUGGAAGAACAUGGCGGCGCUGGGAAAGGUUGGAGAGAAGUGGCAAAGCGUUGUGAGUGAGCACCGAGUGUUCGCCGAGCUGCGACACAAAAACAAAGAUGGGGCGGCGAGCCGACAUAGUGCGGCCCAACUGAAGAACCUGAUGUGUAGUCUGGACGGGGACCUGCUGGUGUGGAACUCCGAGCACAAAUGUUUCCACAUCAUAAGUCUCAUCAGCCUGGGCGCUGACAGUCCUCCGGAGAAUGAGCAGAGAUUGCUGUGCAUUCGCAACCCACUUUUCGAAGUUAGUCAAGUCUUGUUAAGUCCUUCAAGGCGUCAUAUUGCUCUCAUUGGAACCAAAGGUUUGAUGGUUCUGGAAGUGCCUGAGCGAUGGGGAAGAAACUCUGAAUUUGAAGGAGGUGAAAAAUUUGUCAACUGCAGAACUAUACCUUUUGCAGAGCGAAUGCUUUCCAGCUCCACUUCUCUUUUUCUAAAACAAGCAAUAUGGUACCCCAGUGAAACUCAAGAACCUCAUCUCAUUCUGUUAACAUCUGACAACACCAUCAGAAUUUAUAGUCUUCGUGAUCAUUUAACACCAAUAAAAAUUAUUCCACUUUCUAACUCUGAAGAGGACACAUCAUUUUCCCAUAUUGGGAGUUCUUACAGAGCAUCUCUUGGAGAAACUGCAGUCGCAUGUGAUUUUGGUCCUUUAGUUGCAUUUUCUAAGGGUCAUGGAUUGCAUAAUAAAGAAGACACUGCAUAUCCUUUAUACAUACUCUAUGAGAAUGGAGAAACUUUCCUUAUUAACAUUAAUCUGCAAAAUGGAUGUGUUGGCAAGCUCCUGGGCCCACUUCCAAUGUACCCAGCUGCAGAGGAUAACUAUGGAUAUGAUGCUUGUGCAGUGCUUUGCUUACCCUGUGUACCUAGCAUCCUUGUCAUCGCCACUGAAUCUGGGCUUUUAUAUCACUGUGUGGUGCUAGAGGCAGAAGAAGAUGAUGAGCAGACAUCUAACAAGUCCUGGACCAGCCCAGAUACUGACCUUGUUCCUUCCCUGUAUGUUUGUGAGUGUGUCGAGCUGGAGUUAGCACUUAAGAUAGCUGCUACAGAAGAUGAAGGACACGUGGAUACUGACUUCUCAUGUCCCAUUAAACUACACAGAGACCCAGUCUGUCCCUCAAGAUAUCAUUGCACACACAUGGCAGGUGUUCACAGUGUUGGCCUGACCUGGUUCGAAAAGUUGGGAACCUUUCUUGCAGCAAGUGAGGAAGACAAAGAUAGUUUGCAUGAGCUAGCAACAGAACAGAAAUGUCUUGUGGAACAUAUUCUGUGUACCAAGCCUCUACCAUGCAGCCUUCCUGCUCCUAUUCAGGGAUUUUGGAUUAUUUCUGAUCUUGCUCUUGGAACAGCUAUGAUAUGUGUUACUAGUGAAUAUCAAUGCAUCACUCGGCCUUUGCAAACAGCUAUCAGUCAACCUUCACCAUUGCUUCUGUGCUCCCAGGAUGACCAAAGCGUUUCAGAGACGUUGCCACGUGUCCUGGCAGACGUGAAAGGAUCCUUUGAAAGCCAUAUCAGAGGCAUUCUGAGCCGCAACUCUGGAAACCCCUUGUUGCUGAAUGCAUCAAAUAAAGAUUCCUCUCCCCCACCUGAAGAAUGCCUGCAGUUGCUGAGUAGGGCAAUCCAAGUGUUUCGAGAAGAAUAUGCCCUCAAAGAGGACCUGGCAAGGGAAGAGAUUCAAAGACGAGUGAAGUUACUGAUGUUCCAGAAAGAAAAACAGAUGGAAGAUUUGCAGCACUGUAAGGAAGAACGAAAAUAUCUUAAAGAGACCGCUGAACGUCUUGCUGAAAAAUAUGAAGAGGCUAAAGACAAACAAGAAGCUCUAAUCGACAGGAUGAAAGCUGUGCUGCGCAAUUUCUAUACACAGCUCUGCAUUUUAUCAGACAGCGAAAGAGACAUGAAAAAAGAGCUACAGAUGACGUCUGAACAGCUUCAUCACCUAGGAAAUGCAAUAAAACAGAUAAAAAUGAAAACUGCUUACCAAGAGAAGCAGGUGGAAAAGGAAAAAAGUCCAAGUGUGUCUAACCUGACGCUUAAUAACUACCAGAAAAAGACUAUCCAGACUGUAUUAAAAGAAGAGGGUGAACAUAUUCAAGAAAUGGUAAAACAAAUAAACAGUAUCCGAAGCCACGUGAACUUUUAACUCCUAAGGAGGUUAAAAACUUUCUGUUUAAGGGAAAGGCUUUUCAUUUAUUUUGAAGACUGUACAUAUGGGACAAGCGGAUCUAAGCUCUCUGGAUUGUACACUUGGCCACAGAAUGUUCAUCUUUGUACUUACUGAUUGGAGUUUCCUGAAUGGAUUUAUUCCUCUUUUAUUAUUGGGACUGUAUAGAAUGCAAAAAUGUUUUUUUUUUUUUUUUUUUUUUUCACAUUUGAAAUACAUAAAUUUUCCAAUGUUCUUGUCUGAGUUCACAUUUUUUUAAUGUUCUGUAUGAAUCCUGCACAAAAAUGUAUGUUACCAAAGAAACUAUGUAGCUAAAAUUUCCAAAUCAACUUUUCCCUGCAAAGAAGACAUGAAUAUUCACCACUUCAGCUGCCCACACUGGAGGAAUGAAAACAUCUGCCAUCAAAAUGGCUUACAGAGUCUUAUACUUUCUUGUUUUCUGUGAUUCAAGCUGUCAGACCCUACUUCACUACAGUACACAGUAGGAAUAUGAAAGCUGGCAGGUUGAAUCAAGGAGUGCAUUAGAAGAACAGAAGUCCAACAUUACUGAAGUGUGGAUCGUCAGUUUCUGUAUGCUAUUAAUAGAUCAGCAGUAGGAGAGGCUAUCUCAUGUUGACUUUGCAGGAACAGUAGCUUUGGAACAUUUAUUUAAAUCUCAUAAUUCUAGGGCGGAGAACCGGCAGGCAGUAUUUUUUUUUUUUU